CCCAAAUACAUAUUUACAUAAUAGGUACCUAUCUAAACAAGUAGAUGAAACAUUCUAGACUAAUUUGUAAUAUUUUCUUGAAAUAUUCUAAAAUAAAACUAUAUACUUUAAAGAAAAUAGGUAGGUAUUCACUUUUGUUUAGUUUUUUUAGCUUAUAAAUGCAAAUAAUAACUACAAAUCUUGUCUCGAUAAAAACUUGUCACAAAGAAUGUGUUUUUGUCUGUGUAAACACAUGUGCUCAAUAGCUUCUCACAGCAGAUAACACAUUUCAAUGAUAAUGUUUGUAUAAACGUAACCUGAAGUACUUAUUAAUUUUGGUACCAUAUUAUUAAUAUGUGUUAAAAAAAUAUGUAAAGUUGACGAUUAAGUUUGAAGUUUUAUUGUGGUAGAACUAAGUACCAGAAAAAAAAAAUGGAUUUGCCACAAUCCAAAUUGUUUGCUUUAGUUUCACUAGGAGUUGGCAGUUUGUUAGCUGGUUUAUUGCCAGCUUGUUUCACCAAACAAUCCAGAAGACAAUGGCCGCUCUUUCUGAGCUGCCUGCUAUGCUUCGGAGGUGGCGUACUGCUGAGCACCUCCUUGGUCCACAUACUUCCUGAGGCCAGAGAAGCGACGACCGUAGAUUACCAACACUUUGCCGAAUUAUUUUUCUGCAUUGGAUUCUUUCUUUUAUAUUUAAUGGACGAAAUUGUGCAUUAUUUUUAUGGAGAAACUGCCGGACACAGUCAUCAGCAUGAUAAUGGAGCUGCUUUGCCAGGAACUGAUCAUUAUUCCAGACAAAGGCACCCUUCAGCUCCAAACUAUGGAACCUACAAUGCCACUCAAACUGAAAGAGGGGCACUAUUGAGAAGCGAAAAUCAACCACCUUACAAUCCAAACUUCUUUAGAGCAAAAUCUGACAGUGUCCUAUUCUGUGACGAGCCCCCUUCUCAACUUUGCCACGUGAUGCACCAGGAACCGUGCCAAACUACCGCCCCCACAGCUAAUCUAGGACUUUUAGUAGCCCUCUCGGUGCACAGCCUUUUAGAGGGCCUAGUGGUAGGGCUAGAAGGCCUCCCUUCGAAAGUCCUACUGCUUCUCGGGGCUAUAGCAUCACACAAACUAGUAGUAGGCUUCUGUUUGGGAGUGGAACUAGCUUGCAACUCUCACAUAACAUUUUGCAGGCAUUUCGUGUGCAUUUUGGUGUUUACUGCCUCGUCGCUGGGUGGUAUUUUUGCUGGAAUUUUGAUUUCUCACAUUCCUAGCGACGUUGUGGAUGUUGUUAUUCCGAUUUUACAGUCUUUGGCUGGUGGUACUCUUCUCUAUGUUACUGUUAGUGAAGUACUGCCGCGAGAAAGGGCAAGGUGGCACCAUGAGCAUGCUAGAAAAGGCGCAGGAAUGGCGCAGCUGGUGUCGGUUUUAGUUGGAUUUGCAAUGAUGACAGUACUGAGCAAGUAUCUUGAUCACUGAAAUAUGGAUGAGAUUGAGUAGGUACUUAUAGAAGGUCUACUUAUUCAAUUAAUGCUUAUAGAAAGUUAGUUUUUAGGUUCAAAUUGUGAUAACUAGCUAUAUAAAUGUUAUAUAGUGAUAUAAUAGUU